AUGGCCCCUCGUAAUCGAACCAACCUUUUGCGUCCAACAAAUCGACUGAAGAAACCUAGGAACGAAGCGAGUCAAUCUGCUCAAGAGUUGUCUGAAUGGGAUGAUAAUGAAGAAAAGUGGUGUGCAAAAGAAUGUGACCUGCUCAGCCGUGCACUCACCCAGCCAGAACCAGCUACAAACAACCCCUGGCCCAAUGAGAUUCAGGGUGAUCAAUUUAUUGGCGAUAACGACGGGUAUUAUGACUUUGAUGACGAUGCUCACACACCGCCUCAUCAUGAGUCAUCAGAUUCAGGAGCAGAAUCUGAUGAUUCUGUGCACUCACUUGCUUCCGAUACUGACCUUGGUGUCGUGGGUGCUCGGAUAGCGGGGGAAUACAACCGUCGGCGUCGAAUACGAGAGGAAAGGCAAUGGGAGGAGGUCCUUGAACCAAUGUUCAAAGUCUUCAUGCUAUGCUAA